AUUUUGAUAACGAGGCAACCAACGGCACUCCCUUCUCCCUUCUCUCUCCCGUUCUGGCUUCGCUCACUUGCAUCGAAAUUUCCAGCCAGUUGCUCUCUCUCUCUCUCUCUCAUUGUCCCCCUUCUCUCUCUCAUCACCUCUAUAAGCAGAAAACAUUCCUUUUUUUUUUAUUGAAAGGUUCCAAACAAUUGGGGGUCUCAACUUUUUCGUCACGAAAAUUUUCAAGUUGUAAGGUUUUGGGCUUUUGGAGCUACUUGGUGCAACAAUAUCAAAUCUACACGGUCUUUGAGCUCCUUGUUAAAAUACUUAUUUAGAGGCUAGGGAUCAGAUGAAAUUGGGGUAGCUUAAUGAUUUUAUGCUAAUAACUAAAUAUCCAAACUCUGCCUGAUGAUGGUGAUUGCUGGUUCUUUGCAAUUGUCCAAUGAAUUGGGACUUUGCAAGAGCCAUGGAUGUGGUAAUCGAAUUAAGACCGUGGUGGGUGGUGGCAGAUUACAUUUAUUAAGUAUUUCCCUUUCAUCGUACUCUUCAGAUUCUUGGAGCCUGAGCCUCUCAAACAGUGCAUACAGACCAAAACGUUCUUUACACUCCAGAUAUAAUGUUAUUACGUGCCGGUCUGUUCUAAUGCCAGGACAAGGAAAUGGGAUUCCCAUUCUGAAAACUGCUGCUGUAGCUUUGACAAGGUCAUAUAGUGCUUUAAAUGGAAGUCCUCUUGUAAUUCAGUUGGUUCCGGCAGUAGGUAUCAUUGUCUUCACAAUUUGGGGGCUUCCGCCGCUCUUGCGUAUGACAAGAAACCUUUUGCUGCAUAGGAGUGAUAGUAGCUGGAAAAAGAGUAGCACACAUUAUGUUAUGACCUCUUAUCUUCAACCUAUGCUGCUGUGGGCUGGAGCAACACUUAUCUGCAGGGCAUUUGAUCCAGUUGUUCUACCGUCAGAAGCUAGCCAGGCUGUUAAGCAUCGUUUUCUGAAUUUUGUUAAAUCAUUGUCAACUGUCAUGGCCUUUGCCUAUUGUCUAUCAAGCUUGAUUCAACAAACUCAGAAAUUCUUUAUGGAGGCAACAGACUCUAGUGAUACGAGAAAUAUGGGUUUCAACUUUGCUGGAAAAGCUAUAUAUACUGCAGUUUGGGUUGCUGCUGUUUCUUUGUUCAUGGAGUUGCUGGGUUUCUCCACACAGAAGUGGCUUACAGCUGGAGGUCUUGGAACAGUAUUGCUGACCCUUGCUGGUCGUGAGAUAUUCACAAACUUCCUCUCUAGUGUGAUGAUUCAUGCAACACGACCGUUUGUUCUGAAUGAAUGGAUUCAAACUAAGAUCGAAGGCUAUGAAGUUUCUGGUACUGUUGAGCAUGUUGGAUGGUGGUCGCCAACAAUUAUUCGAGGUGAUGAUCGUGAAGCUGUUCACAUUCCAAACCACAAGUUUACGGUGAGCGUUGUGAGGAAUCUCAGUCAGAAGAGUCAUUGGCGUAUCAAAACCCACCUUGCCAUUAGUCACCUGGAUGUUAACAAAAUUAAUAAUAUUGUAGCAGAUAUGCGCAAGGUCUUGGCCAAAAAUCCACAAGUAGAGCAACAAAGGUUGCAUAGGAGAGUGUUUCUAGACAAUAUUGAUCCAGAGAAUCAGGCCCUUUUGAUUAUGGUUUCCUGCUUUGUGAAAACUUCCCAUUUUGAAGAGUACCUUUGUGUCAAGGAAGCCAUUUUACUGGAUCUCCUCAGGGUCGUCCGCCAUCACCGUGCACGGCUUGCCACUCCUAUCCGUACAGUUCAGAAAGUAUAUAGUGAUGCAGAUGUAGAAAAUAUACCGUUUGCGGAUACCAUCUUCACUCGUACUCGUCCAGCUGCUAACCGUCCAUUCUUACUUAUUGAACCCCCAUAUAAAAUUAAUGGUGAUGAUAAAAUAAAACCUCAAGGUCGGUCAGUACACGCAAAUGAAGAACAGGAUGCAAAAGGCACAGAAAGACAAACAUCUGACACCAAUGCAGAAGCCAGGGUUGAGGCAGCAUCAACGUUUGACUCCAAGGCAGAUGCCAAGAUUGGAGCCAUGCCUACGUCUGACUCUAAGGCAGAACCUACAGUUGCAGCGACCUCAAUAUCUGAUUCAAAGUUAGAAGAAAAGGUAGCCGCAAUGUCAGAACCAUCCAAAUCCAAGGCCCUGAGUUCAGUGAGGGAUAGUUCAGUCCAAACCAAUCCUGACAAGCAAUCUGAGGUUGACAGUAUUCAAAUGGGAACAGGUGUAUCCACUCCGCCCUCGAAGACACAGCUUGGAGGCCUAGAUUCAAUGGGACUAAGUUCCAAGGACAUUACCCUUCUGGGAGCUGCUUUUGAGAAGCCUCCAGUCAGCUUGUCAGAGACCAGCGAUGAAAGGGUAGGUGUUCCCCACUCUUCACAACCAAAGCAAGAAAAUGAGACGUUGCCAGUUCCACCACCAUCAAUUGCCAGGACUGUGGUGGAGGAUAACAUUGUUCUUGGUGUUGCUCUAGAGGGCUCAAAGAGAACCCUACCUAUUGAGGAGGGGAUGCAUUUGCCUCCAGCUUCUGCAGAAUCCAAACUGGCAGCUUGCCGGAAUGGGAGUGGGUCUUCAUCGGCUGGGAAGGAUAAGAAAGAAGGCCAGAUUCCUAAUGUUCCUGGUGCAGCAGCUGGAGAUCAGCGGGAUCAUGGGAGGUGAUUGAUUCAGAUUAUAUUUUCAGCAGUGUAGGUUUUCUUUUCCAUUUUGUUUCGAGGGAACAUGCAUGGAGCUGUGUUUUUGAAGGCAGGCAUGACGAAAAUGUAUAUUGUUAAUGAUGUCAAAAUCAUCACCAAUUGUAAAAUUCAUUGAUCUUGGCUAAAUCAGUAAAUUCUCUGUUAUAUAUGAAAGCAAUUCAUUGUGGAACACCCUUACCACCAUUUACUCUA